UAACGGGCUAUAAGUAGCAAUGACUAUAAGAAGAUUAGGGAUAAAAUAUUUGGUAGUUACCUAUAAAUGCUACGUGUAGGAGCGCGUUGCCUGCCGUGGAGAAGGGGAGGAAAGUAAGACAACUUUACUUUUAACAGUACUACAAAUUGUUAAACAUAAAAUUGCUUCAUACAUACUACCUUCGUCUCAAAAUAAAACAACCUAGUACAACAUAAGACACAUUCUAAUACUAUAAAUCUGUUGUUAUACCAUAGUAGGGAAGGAGUAUAACAUUAGAAAUUUAAUUGUCCAUAAACAAAAAUUUUUAGCUGUGAUAAUGAUGUCAUAAGUGGGACACCGGGUUAUUUUUGCUCUGGAUUUGCAUUGACUCAGUUCUCCAUACCGUGCAAAAACUGCGGAGGCCAAGAACAGCCCGUUUGGUUGGAGAGAGUUUUCAAGAGGGAUUGAGGCUACUAAGUGUUUUGUUUGGUUGGGAGACAUGGAAAUUUUGGUGGGAUGAGGAUAGAGAAUUGAGGAAGGAACUCCCUCCUUUUCAAUACCUGGGUAGGGGCAGUUAAUUGGGAGGGAAUUCCUCCUUUACUUUGUCUAAGCAAAUCUCACCCAUCCGUUUUUAUUACUGAUCUAGUCUCCAACUAAACUCCCUAUCAAUUUCCAUCGCCUCUGCCAAACAAGAUAUUAUGAUUAAAAAUCAAAUUCCCAUCUUAAUUUUAUCAUCAAUUUCCUCGUGUAAACUCCCAAUCCCCUUCCCUCGAGUUCCCGAGCAAGCCGGAAACUCUCAUCUGAUCGGCCACCGUGCGUUCCACGGGUCCAAAGUCCAAACCCUACCGUCUUCUUCCGCGAUCUAGCGGUGGCAACGCGCGCGCGCCUGCAUCUCUGGAAAGAAAGAAAGAAACAAACAGAGAGGAGAAUACGACCCCAACGAACGAACGCCGGCGAUGAAGCAGCCGUACGCCGACGACGACGGCGACCGCCUGAGCGCGCUGCCGGACUGCCUCCUCCACACGGUCAUGUCCUUCCUCUCGGCGCGGCAGGCCGUGCGGACGUGCGUGCUGUCGCGGCGGUGGCGCGGGCUGUGGCUGUCCAUGCCGUGCCUCAACAUCGACGGCGACGAGUACCGGCCGGCCACGGCCGGCGGCGGCGGCGGCGCCACCAUCACCGAGAGGUGGGAGAGGCUGGAGAACUUCACCACCAGCCUGCUCUUCGCCCACAACGCGCCGUUCCUGGACAGGUUCCGCCUCCAUCUCCCAAACUUCCAGCGCAUCACGGCUACUCAGCAGCAUCACGGGCGGCAGAUGGAGAGAUGGAUCCUCCGCGGCUUCCGGUACCGGCCCGCCGCGCUGGAGAUCGCCGUCGGAGUCGCCGCCGUCGCGUUCAAGCUGCCUCUCCUCGGCACCUCCUCGGCUAGCCGCCUCAAGAGAUUGCAUCUUUCCGGCGUGGUUUUGGACGGCGGCUUCGGCGAGUGCAUCCGCUCAUGGUGCCCCGUCUUGGAAGCCAUGGAGCUCAAGGCUUGCAUCUUCGAGGAUCUGAAGGAGAUCGUCUCCAGCACGAUCAAGAGUUUGGCCAUUGUUGACUGCAGAAGUGGGCACCAUACUGAUGCAUUGGUUUGUCGAAUGGAUUCCCUCGUUGAAGCAUCGAUUAGUGGAACACGUUUCGGAUCCGACUUUGACAAGACGACAUCCACUUUAAUAGGCAGUCUAAUCAACGUGAGGGAACUUAAUGUGUCGUGGUUUCAGCCAGUGGAGUUGAAAUAUGGUGAAUCUGCGAACUUUCAAACAUUUCACGAGCUCACUACAUUGAACAUAUAUGAAUGUGAUCUGGGUCAAAAUUUACAUAUAUUGCUGAGUUUUCUGCAGAACACUCCUAACCUCAAGAAAGUUAUAUUGCAGAACUGCGAGAUUUCAGGUCAUUCGAGAAAGAGGAAAAGAACACCCAGGGCAAACAGGAACCAGAUUCAUUCCAAGCGCAGAAGUCUGAUAACUUCCAAGUCUGAGAUCUCGAAGAUAAUGAAGAUGACAUAUGAAGAUGACGGUGUCAGUGACCUUAUUGAACUUUUGUUGCGCAAUUGGAGAAAACUUGAGGACCAUACUAUCAUAAUCACCAAGAUUUGAGUCUUUUGCAUAUGGUGUUAUCAUAUGCCUGAUUCUUAUGUCAUUUUGUACUAUACUGUGUGUAUUUUUACAAAUAGUAACUAAAACCAUAUAUAUGACUAAUGCCAGACUGGUGUGAUUAAGGGCAUUACCUCCAAUGUAUGCUAGUAUUAACUGAUUCCAGUGAGAUUCGUAAAAUCACUCUUUUAUAGUUUCAAGUUGAGAAAUUUAAGUAAAACAGCCAUUUGAUUAUUUGAUGAUGCUCCUCCCUAUUGAUCAAUUGACAGUUGACACUGUUACCAUACUACAGGUGCAAGGAUUAGCUUCAUUUUCUGUUCUGUCAUUCCAAUCUAUUGAUUCCUUUCAAAAUGAUAAGUGCCAAUUUGUCAAGUUUUUAUCCUAGAAAUGCAAAUAAACAUCUUCAUGAUGCUCUUGGAAUAAUCUGUUGUGAGGAUAAUGUUUUGUGACACUGCUUGUGUUGAAAGUCAUUUAUUAUAAAUUGGGGAAGACAAAGUAAUUGAUUUUCUUGUCCAAAUAUCGUUGAGCAAACUAUAAUAGGAGAACUAAACUUUCUCCCUCCAUUAUUGUAAUAACAUAGGAGAACUAAACUUUCUCCCUCCAUUAUUGUAAUCAUAACCAGAGAUCUAAAUAAAAUACCUUGGUAGCUGGAUGAAAACUAUUCCAUAGGAGAA